AUGUCUCUGUACCACGAGGCCGCCGAUGUCCUGUCGGCGUCCCCCCAGGAGGGGGGCAGCUUGAAAGCGCGAGUGUUUCGAAGAAAGGGCGUCAAGUCGUCGCCGAACCAGCUCUACGCCCUGGUGUCGGAGACUUGGAAAUGGAGCGCCGUCCUGAAGGAACUGACGCCGGCUCUGGCCCUGCUCCUGGUGCACGACCUGCUGCUCGCCAAGGGCGGCAUCGCGCUGCCGCAGAGCCACGGGCUCCGGUCCAGCGUCGAGAGGCACAAGGCGCGCCUCGGCGCAGAGUUCACUCGGGCCAGGCUGCGGCGCGGAGCACCGUCGGUCGAGCUGCUCGCGGCCCGGGUCGAGAGGGCGGCGGCCGGCGAGGAGGCCGCCCACCCGCGCUGGGUGCGCGUCAACGCCCUCAGGAGCACCCUUGAGGAGCAGCUCGAGACCACGUUUGCGGGCUUCUCCAGGGCCGCCACCGUGCGGGAGGUGCUCGCCGGGGAGGGCAGGCACGUGCUCGUCGACCCUCACGUGCCCAACUUGGUGGCCGUCACGCCGCGGUGCGACCUGAGCAGGACGGAGGCGUACGGCGCCGGCAAGAUCAUCCUGCAGGACAAGGCGUCGUGCUUCCCGGCGUGCCUCCUGGACCCUGGGCCGGAAGACGGCGACGUGAUUGACGCCUGCGCCGCGCCGGGCAACAAGACCACGCACCUUGCUGCCGUUAUGCGCAGCCGCGAACCUGGGUCUGCGUCGCGGCCGCAGACGCAGACGCAGACCAUCUUUGCGUUUGAGAAGGACGCUGGACGGGCGAGGACGCUGGAGAAGAUGGUCAGGGUGGCGGCGUCGGACGGGAUGACGCGCGUUGCCGCCGCGCAAGACUUCUUGCGGGUCGACCCGGAGUCGGAGAGGUUCAGGGCCGUCGGCGCCUUGCUGUUGGAUCCGAGCUGUUCGGGGAGCGGAAUCGUCGGUCGGGAUUCAAUGCCGCAACUUCACCUACCCGACUCUGGACGAGACGGUGCGAGGCCCGGCAGGCCCAGGCAGGCGUCGGCAGGUGGGCGCAAAAGGAAGCACGAGCAGGUGCAGGGCUCCGGUCAAGCGGUCAUCCGCGACGACGACGGAAACGAGACCAUUGUCAAGUCGGAAAAGGACGUGGCCGAACGGUUGAAGGCACUGGCUGCGUUUCAGCUGGCCGUCUUGCUGCAUGCAUUCCGGUUCCCGUCUGCCAGGAAGGUGACCUACUCCACGUGCUCGGUCCACCCCCAAGAGAACGAAGACGUCGUCAUGGCGGCGCUAAAUUCUGACAUUGCAAAGGAGAGAGGGUGGCGCAUCCUGAGGAGAAGCGACCAGGUCGCGGGGAUGAAGGCGUGGCCUGUGAGGGGCAGCGCCGAGGCGUGCAUCGGAGAUGAGGAAGUGGCCCAGGGGUGUAUCCGGUCGUACAAAGGCGACGGCCACGGCACCAUGGGCUUCUUUGUGGCGGGAUUCGUGCGCGACACCACGACCGAGGACGGAGAUGGGGGUGGCCCGUAUGUGCGGAAUCAAGGUGGCGCCAUGGUUCGAGAUGUGCUCGGCAUGCCGGGGUUGAGGGCUGCCGGGACUGCCGUUCCUCUUGUAUGCCGGGGCGGCGAUGCCAGCCAAGAAGGGAGCGCCAUCGGCAGCGACGAAAGCCGUGGUGGUGGUGGUGGUGGUGGAGGAGGCACCAAGGCGAACCGAGACGGCGACGACGCCGAGGAGAGUGAAUGGGAGGGCCUCGGAGACUAG